UGUCAGACCUGCGGAAUGCAUAGCGGAGCGACUUGACAACUCCUUACAUCCUACUGCGUUCAGGAGCACCCUGACCAUGAUCUCCUCGGCCGUUGUCAUCCCCGAUGAACCACAGCCUCUGAACGGGUCAUCAGAUCAACCUACUUCGCUCAAACGUCGACAAUCUUCGGCCUCUCUAUCUCCAGAAACGAAUAAACGGCCACGACUCGAUGCGCAUGGCGCCGACAACGUCGCAAACUCUCCUCCUCCCUCAUCACGUACUGCUGGCUCUCCCACGACUCGAAAUGGCGCAGAGGCAACGUCUUCUCCACGGCAACCGGAGGCCGGCCGUCGCAAGUCUUCCCAGACUGUCGAGCAAGACAAAUCGCGCAAUCGCCGCUUGUUCGGCGCUUUGUUAGGGACCUUAUCGCAACCUUCGCGGCCGUCGAAAUCAGCCACAGGGUCUACGGUACCCGCGCGCAACUCGCGGCGCGAAGAGAUCGAGAACCGGCAGAGAGAUCGGCUGAAGCGGGAGAAUGAGGAAGUGGCAGAGCUUGCGCGGAGCAAGAAGGAGGAGCUAGAUCGUGUCCGUCGAAGUGAACAGCUACGGUGGGACGAGCAGGGUAUGAGGAUCAGGCAUGGAAAUCAACGGGCAAAUGCGCGGUUUCUUCGGACGAACGUGGAACCCAGACUGUACUACAAGCCUUGGGAACUGCGCGAGAAGGAGGAAGAUACCAUCAAAAGACAGAUCGAAGAAGUCGAGGAUACGAUCCGUCGGGAAUUGGACGAGUUCGAAGCGAAGCGAGCUCGUGGACAGCCAGAGGCCUCGGGAGAGUCCAGAAGUCCACAAACGCGGCGAGACCAGGACACGGAAAUGAAUGACGAUCAGUCUCUUCGGACGGAUCAUGCGCAGGAGGGUCAGGAUGACAGCGGUCUUGACAGCCAGACUGUCUCGAAACGAGACGAACAGCAGCCCACAGACGGAGCAGACCAGCCAGAACCGAGUCAAGAGGUCCGAAUGACAGAGCCUAAGCAAGAAGCUGAGGACACCACCCUUAGACCUGUCAGUAAGGAUGAUGAUCAUGGUGGAGAAGAGCUCGAGCUCGGCCAGGAAGAUGAUGUGAUUUACUGAGUGUAGGCGCCAUUUCUUCGCUUUCAGAUCAGUCAUAUCAAUCUAUAUGAUGGAGAGGGUCUGGUGUACUCAUGGGAAGCCAACUACCUGCCAGAUCAAAGGGGGCCGUAGCCUUGCCCUAGAGUGUAUUCCCAUAUCAAAUCACGUGCACCGGAGGUUGUUAUGUCAUUUCUCCGAUGCUCCGACCGUCAUCAUCUUCAUCUCGAAAUCGUCUUAUUCACUUCUCGG